AGGCGGCCCUGGCGGGUGGCCUCGACUUCUUCGACACGGCGGAGCGCUACGGCGCGAAGGCGGCCGACCUCAUCCCGGCGGCGGUCGGCGCGGUGUUCAGCUCCGUGGGCCUUCCGUCGCCGCAACGUACCAGGGGGGAGACUGCGAGACGAACCUGGCGCGGUGGGCCGGCGGCGCCACCGUCGGCACCAAGUUCACGCCGAAGCCCGGCCGGCGCACCGCGGCCAGCGUCGUGGAGACGUGCCGCGGGUCCGCGGCGCGGCUCGGUGUCGAGCAGAUCGACCUGUACCAGAUCCACAUGCCCGACAUCGUGCAGCCGUUCAGGGUCUUCGGCGUCGAGGACCGCAGGGACGAGGUCUUCUGGGACGGACUUGCCGAGUGCUACCUCUCCGGCCUCGCCAGGAACGUUGGGGUCUCCAACUACGGCCCGUCGCUGCUCGAGCGCGCCCACGAGCACCUCGCGAGGCGCGGCGUCCCCCUAGUCUGCAACCAGAUCCACUUCAACAUGCUGUACCGCAGGCAGGGCUCGCUUGCGACCAUAGCGAAGGGCGAAGAGCUUGGCAUCUCCACUCUGGCCUACUACCCGCUCGCGAUGGGCCUGCUCACGGGCAAGCUCACGCCGUCGGGCCUGCGCGACAAGUACGACCUUCGCAGCGCCGAGUUGUUGCGCUACCUUGUGGGUGGAAAGGGGAGCGGCUUCCCUAACACUGCCGGCGAUAUCCCGAGGGGGGGAAUAAGUAAGCUCAUAGAAGUGCUCUGGGAGGUGGCCGAGCGCAACGACAAGACGCCCGCACAGGUGUCGUUGAAUUGGGUCAUCUGCAAGGGCGCAAUCCCCAUCCCAGGUGCUUCCAGCGUCGCCCAGGUGGAGGACAACAUGGGUGCGCUCGGCUGGCGCCUGCCCAGCGAGGACGUCGACCGCCUGGACGCCGCCGCGGACGAGCUCGGCUUCGAGUUCCGCGGCUCCGGCUUCCAGACGGCCGACUCCAAGUUCGUCGGGUACGGCUUCGAGAAGUGGCGGCUCGACUGACCUGCCUCCGCCGACGCAGAAUACAUCUGAGCACGAACUUCCGGUUAUGCUCACGUGUACCGCCUGCUCUUCCUCGCGACCGUUUGCGAUCCCUACCCUUCCGGGUCCAGACGACGCCGGGGUGUCGAGCACCCCCGUUGAGGUCAUGUUCGCAUCCUCAGCCCCAGCCAAUUCACAUGUGAGCGCCGAGGCGUUCGCCCACGACUAAGGGGGAGAG